AUGGCUCGCAUGCAGCUUGCUGUGGCGAUCGCCGUCAUGGCGGCGGCGGUGGUGGUGCUCGCGGCGACCUCGGAGGCCGCCAUCAGCUGCGGGCAGGUGAGCUCCGCCAUCGCGCCCUGCCUCUCCUACGCCCGCGGCCAGGGCUCCGCACCCUCCGCAGGCUGCUGCAGCGGCGUCAGGAGCCUCAACUCCGCCGCCAGCACCACCGCGGACAGGCGCACCGCCUGCAACUGCCUCAAGAACGCCGCCCGGGGCAUCAGCGGCCUCAACGCCGGCAACGCCGCCAGCAUCCCCUCCAAGUGCGGCGUCAGCGUCCCCUACACCAUCAGCACCUCCACCGACUGCUCCAGGGGAGCAUUGAUUGGGCUCACGAGUGGGGACCACGUUGACCUGCAGGAGGGUGAGCUGCCGACAGAGUUCACGGGCAGGCGCGAGGAUGCAUCUCAGGCGCUGAAAAUCGAGUGA